UAGUCCAUCUUUUGACGUCAGCGUCUGCGAUUACCGCAGCUUUACCUUGCCCUUGUGGCAUAGUGCGUCUUUUCCGAAUUCUGUCGUCAUCAUCUCUUGGUCUUCUUUGGAUUCUGAUGUCAUCAUUUCUCUGACUUGCUUAUCUUGUACCUAGCUGUAGAGUCUAGCUCUUUGCUUGUAGUUUGUAAGUUUUAGCUUUUUAGUUCUACUUGUUAUGUAUUUGUGUAAUAAUCUGUUGUUGUAGUUGUGACACUGUUACUUUAGUUUCACAUGUAUUAGCUUUGAUGUAUAUAAAAAUUUGACAGACAGGCAGAACGACAGGCAGACAAACAAACAGACAAAUCGCCAUUUUGACAGACAAACAGACAGACAGACAGACAGACAGACAGACAGAUACACAUUUUGACAAACAGACAGACAGACAGAAGUACCAUCAUCAUCAUGGCAUGCAUUAUCUCCGUGCGAUUUCCGUUUGGCAACCUUGAUGAGACUGGGCUGCCAAAUGCCUUUGGCUCUGGUCAGUGUGACUGUGGGAAAGAAUUAGACUCAGAUGAAUACCACCUAAUAACAUGUAAGACUGGGGCAGCCCAGUAAUCAGCCAUAACAACAUGGUUUCAGCAUGGUCAGACUGUUUGAGUCACCUCCAAUUACAUCACGUAAAAGAACCCAGAGGAAGAUAUGUCAAUUCUGAAGACAGAUCAGACAUAGUCGUAUUCGAUUCGGCAUCGGAGCUGGAUCUUGAAUUGGAUAUUGCUCUAGCGCAUCCCUGGAGCAAUGAAAUAGAAGGUUUAUCAGCUACAACUCAGAGAGCAGCGGCAACCAAAAGAGAAAAUCUGAAGAUUAAAAAGUAUGACCAGGAGCUCUUGCCUGGAGGUUUUCGACCAACAUCUGUGCCUAUAGUCUUUCGAACAUUUGGCUGUUGGGGAGAGAAAGCUGAAGACUAUUUGAAGAAACUGUCACAGCUAUCAAGAGAUGAAGACGGAAAGCCAAAUGCAUCAACCUUCAAGUCAUACUGGAGAUCUGUGCUUUCUGUGUGUCUACAACGAUCAAAUGCUAGAGUGAUUGACAGAAAAAUAAAGAAGACUGUUGCAAGAGACAGCCACAUAAACAUAAAUAGUUGUAGGUAGAACCAAGCCCUAUUGGCUUGGGUAGUACUUAGUGCUUAGACGGCGUAUAAUAGUUCAAUGUUUGAAAAUAUAUGUAUUGACAGACAGACAGACAAAAAACAUUUUGACAAACAGACAUUUUGACAGACAGACAGACAGACAAACAAACAGAUAGACGCGUGUUCUAAUGAUUAAAUAAACAACUUACUAAACUACUGGCAACAACAAGAACUUCUUACUGCAAACUGACAAUUUUAUGACAACAUGAA